AUGGAUUUGCACAAGCUAGAGAGCUGGCACCAGCAGAUCUCUCAGGAGCUGGAGGCGGUGGUGGAUUUCUGGAUCCGGUAUUCCCAUGAUGACAAAUACGGGGGAUUCUUUACAUGCCUCGGCCAAGAUGGGCAAAUUUAUGACGACUUGAAAUACGUCUGGCUGCAGGGAAGGCAGGUAUGGAUGUACAGUCGUCUGUAUCGAACAGUACCGAAGUUCCGCCGCCCAGAAGUCAUAGAAGCAGCUCGAGCAGGUGGCGAGUUCCUGAUGCGACACGCUCGCGUGGCCCCUCCGUCCCAAAAAUGUGCUUUUGUGUUGACCCGUGAUGGGCGCCCUGUGAAGAUCCAGCGUACCAUCUUCAGCGAGUGUUUUUAUGUGCUUGGGCUAGAUGAGCUUGGGCGUGCCACCGGAGAGCCCCAUUACCGGGAGGCGGCCCUGAAGAUGAUGGAGGCCAUCGUGCACUGGGUGCGAGAGGAUCCCACCGAGCUGGGGCGUCCGCAGCUGACGGGAGCCACCCCUCAUGACUCCAUGGCCGUUCCCAUGAUGCUCCUCAACCUGGUAGACCAGCUCUCUGAAGGAUUUGCCGAACUGGGGAGCUGGUCGGCUCAACGAAUCCUCCUCCAUGUGCAGAGGAACGGCACCGCUGUGUUGGAGAACGUUUCAGAAGAUGGCAAAGAGCUGCCAGGAUGCCUGGGACGACAACAGAAUCCCGGCCAUGCCAUCGAAGCCGGCUGGUUCUUGCUCCGCCACACCCAGCGUCGGCAGGAUGCGGCCCUCGUCUCCCAGGCGGUGGAGAAGUUAAUGAAGCAGCCGUUCCGUUCUGGCUGGGACCCUGAACACGGGGGUCUGUUUGCUUUCCAAGACGUGGAUGGGCUGUGCCCCACAAUGCUAGAGUGGAGAAUGAAACUUUGGUGGCCUCACACGGAAGCCAUGGUUGCCUUUCUGAUGGGCUUUGCCGAGACUCGGGACUCAGAGCUCCUGGAAAUGUUCGACCAGGUAGUGAAAUACACUUUUGCCAAGUUCCGGGAUCCAGAGAGAGGGGAGUGGUUUGGCUACCUGACCCAGGAAGGCAAAGUGGCGCUCUCCAUCAAAGGAGGACCAUUCAAAGGCUGUUUCCACGUGCCCCGUGCUCUGCAUAUGUGUCAAGAAAUCCUGGAGUCGCUUAUAAAGGAGGCGAAAUCUCACCCCCAGGAAUGAAACGCUCAGUGGGGGGAACCUCCCCCAACGUCGUCGGCACUAUGACGUCACCUGAGAGGGACAUCAUUGCGCCAGCAACAGGGCGCAGCGGCCACUCUAGGUGUUUUUGGGGGAAUUCUAUGGUUUUCCCAGAUGUUCUAGCCAUUUGGGAGGGGAAACUCUAUGGUACAUUAGGUGCCAUAGAGUUUUCCCCUCCCAAAUGGCUAGAGUGCCCAGGAAAACAACAGAGUUUUUUUUUUAAAUGCCUAGAGUGGCCGCGAGCGCUGGUGCAACAACAUCACUUCCGGAGAGCAGAGGGGACUUGGCAACCCUAGAGUCAAGGGCCGGAUCUCCUCCAUAUUCUGCUCAAGACUGGCCUGAAUUCUUGCCCAAUCUCCAGAGAACACAGCACUCCCCGCCACCUGCGGCUCACUCCAAACUGCCAUCUUUUAACCCGUGACUAGACCGGACUUGGCCGUCCUCUGUUCGAAAGAUGCUUGCUGCGGUGACAAUUCCCUGUUUUUCAGAGGGGGCAGCUCCUUGGAAUGAGCAGAAUUCGUAUUUGUCAGAUUCUGGGAAGUUGGGGGGAAAUUUAUGCCCACCACUGUGCUUAUUACUGCCUAUCAGUGACCCUUUUUUCUUGAGUCUCCAAAGGGAUGUGUGCAUUAUGGAAUCAAUAAAAAUAGAUACAUGAUCUAAGGGAAA